UUUGAAUUCUCAAGCUUUACCCAAAGAGUGGUCGAAGGCGGUCGGUGUAGUAACCUUGGAUUUUAAUUGAUGCAUCGGAUUGUUACGAUAAUCAUACCAAAAUGGCAAGCAGGAUGACGUCCACUCUCCUUCUGAUCGCAAUGAUCACUCUACUCUUUAGCAUUGGACACGUGAAAAGUAAUCCAGCUAUUGCAACCGGUUACGACCCAUUGGAAAUUUGCAUCGAAAAUUGCGCGCAAUGCAAGAAAAUGCUCGGGGCUUGGUUCGACGGGCCGCUGUGUGCCGAAUCCUGCAUCAAGUUCAAGGGAAAACUCAUUCCAGAGUGCGAAAACUUCGCGUCCAUCUCGCCUUUUCUUAACAAACUUUGA